UGGGUGGAUUGGCUUUUUUCCUAGUUAUGAUGUUUCUUUUGUGUUUCCUUUUCGGAUAAAAUCUGUUUUUACUGGAAAAGGUGUGGCUUUGAAGCGAUAAUGCGGGUUGUGUGAAUGUGUUUCUUUUCUUUCCAUGAAAAUUGUUUUGAACCAUUUGCUUGGUUUCCGGUAUAACGGCGGAGAAACCGAAGAAGAGGGGAGGAAAAUAUUGAAUCUCACAUUUUCUGUUGUCUGUGUUUCUAAGUAAAACGAGUUUAUCAAGCUUGGGUCGUGGAUUUUGAGCCAACAGUUUGAUUUUUUUUCCUUUCAUUUUCUACAUUUUCUCGGCAUCAGAACGGAACAACUACUGUUUCCUGCCUCCUUUUGUUGUUUUUCUCUGGAAGGGUUAGGUUGUGUGGGCCAGGGUCUUGAAGGAGAGAAUCAGAGAACAGUUGGCUCACCCCUUUCCCAUUUUCAGUACAAGGGAAGCUAGAAUAUGCAGACACCAAAAAGAAGAACUGGCUCUUUGGAAGUGCCUCCAAGGACAUCACCAGCAACGCCUCGAACUGCUCGGAAACUAAAGACACCAGGAUCAGAUGGCGAUUCAGUUUCCUCUCCCCAUCCAGCAAGCAGGACACCAAAAGACAGAAGUCCUAAAAUCGUCAAAUCAACGCGAAGCCCAGUAUCUGAGAAGAAGCGGCCAAGCAAACUUUCUGAAUUGGAAUCUCAGGUUGCUCAACUCCAAGAGGAUCUGAAGAAGACAAAGGACCAGCUAAACUCAUCCGAGUCAUGGAAGAGAAGAGCCCAUCAGGAGGCUGAAGAGGCAAAAAAGCAGCUAUUAGCUGUAUCAGCAAAGCUUGAGGAGUCCCAGCAGCAGCUGCUGGAGCUCUCUGCUUCUGAGGAAGAUCGGGUACAAGAGCUCCGCAAAAUAUCCCAGGACCGGGACCGUGCAUGGCAGUCUGAACUUGAGGCUGUCCAGAAGCAGCACUCAAUGGAUUCUUCUGCCCUGGUUUCUGCCAUGAAUGAGAUCCAGAAGCUCAAAAUCCAGCUGGAAAUGGUGGCUGACUCUGAAGCUUCUCAAACCAAACAUGCAGAGUCGGCACAUGUUGAAAUUCAGAGGUUAAGAAUUGAACUUGCAGAUACUCUCUCUCUGGUAGAGGAAAUGAAAACCCAGCUCAAUGAUCGCAAAGAAUCUGAAGCUCGGGCGCUCAAAGUUGUUACCCAAACUCAAAUGCAAUUGGAAACAGCCAAGGCAGCUGCAGAAACAAUUCGGUCAGAUGGUGUUAAGGCCAUGGAGGCUUAUAACUCCAUAACAUUGGAGCUGGAUCAAUCAAAUGCUCAAGUAAAUUCUUUGGAGGGACUUGUGAGCAAACUCCAGGAAGAUCUAGUUAAUAGUAGCAGCACAAGUGCAGCGAAUCCAUCAGAUGAUGCUAAACUUGCACAGGAAAAUGGAGAAAAUGAGGACACAAACCAGCUUAAACAAGAGCUUAAUUUGGUGAGAUUUGAAGUGGGUCAAUUGAGAUCUGCAUUGGAUGCUGCGGAGAUCAGGUACCAGGAAGAAUACAUCCAGAGCACAUUGCAGAUACGAAGUGCCUAUGAACAAGCAGAACGUACAAGAUCAGAAUCGCGCCAAAGAGAGGCUGAAUUGGAGGCAGAGUUGAGGAAAGCGAAAGUGAUUGUUGAAGAUUUGAAGGUGAACCUGAUGGAUAAGGAGACCAAAUUGCAGAACAUUUCAGAGGAGAACAAAGUGCUGAAUGUGAAGAUUGAGCAGAAUCAGUCUAAUGAAAGGGAAUCUGAACUGCAAAUGGAACUGAAGAAGUCAGAGGCUACUUUGGCAGAUUUGAAGACAAGUUUGCUGGACAAGGAGACAGAGCUGCAGAGCAUAACAGAAGAGAAUGAAAUGCUGAAAUUGGAAAUCAAGAAAAAGGAAACAGAGAACGAUAAAGUGAAUGAUGAAGCUGUUGCAAAAAUAGAAGCUGCAAAGGCUGCAGAGAAAGAGGCAUUGACUAAGCUUGGUUAUUUAACAGAGGAAGCAGAUAAAAACAGUAGAAGAGCAGAAAGAGUGACUGAGCAGCUGGAUGCAACACAGGCUGCAAAUUCAGAACUGGAGGCUGAAUUAAGGAGAUUGAAGGUGCAGUCAGAUCAGUGGAGAAAGGCAGCUGAGGCAGCUGCUGCCAUGCUCUCAACAGGAAAUAACGGCAAAAUUGUAGAAAGAACAGGGUCUCUGGACAACAACUACCACACAAUUGGUGCAAGGAUAGGUUCACCCUGCUCAGAGGACAUGGAUGAUGAUUCACCCAAGAAGAAAAAUGGGAACAUGCUGAAGAAGAUUGGGGUCUUGUGGAAGAAAGGCCAGAAGUAGAUGGAGCGUGUUUCAGGCAUUUUGGCGGGUGGUUACUGGUGGAGAGCUCUUUUGCAGACUAUUUGUUGAGUAUGUGUAAACAUGUAGACCUAAACAUGCAGAGAACAUGGUAUUGUUGUAUUUUGCUGUGAUAAUCUUUCUGGUUGGGUUGUGGAUUCAUUUCUUUGGAGGAAAUAUCAUGUAUGAAAUGGGGCAACCAUCAGAAAAUGUAAACAAAGUCCUCCUUUUCAUGUCUGUUCAUUUUGAAACAUGUUGCUAGCAUUGGAACUCCUUCAGUGAACUUGGCUAAUGAUUCUGUUCAUCAUCUGUGAGAACUGUAUGCAAAUUCCCUCCUUUUUAUUUUUCGCA